GGACACUGAACACCGCAUUCGAGAAGAAACGCUAUUGGUGCUGAUGAGGACGCUGCUGAUUCCGCAACACACAGGCAAAGCGGGCGACGGGAGCCAAGCUGCAACUUACCCACAUGUUUAAAUCAUCCAUUCGGACGCAAUUUUUCCGGGAGUCGCUGUUUUAAAUGAAAGGGACAACAUUAACAACAUCCAGCUGAGACAGCAGCGUUGAUAUGUUUUUUUUCUCCAAGAUCUCACGAGGCAGCUAGCGAAGCAAAGCCGGCGAAUUCAAGCAGAGCCAAAGGACCAGAGGCAAUAGUUAGCUAGCUUUAGCCAGUUAGCCGCUCGCUAGCCCGGGAGCCGCUAAUUUGUCCACUCUCGCCGCACACCUGUGCGCCGCGCUAUCCUGUGUUGGAACUACUUAGCUCGUAACACUCAUCGCUGUGGGUUUCCGCUUAAAUAUAUAUCUAUUUUUAAAUUUCAAUUACGGUGACACCGAAGGAGGGGGAGUUAGAAAACCCACCUUGAUAGGUUGAGGUUGGAACCAGCCAACUAAGCGGUGUCCUCAAGUGGCCAUUCACCAUGGACAACGCACACACAAAGACGGUGGAAGAAGUUUACAGCUUUUUUAAUGUGAACGAAAGCACGGGUCUGAGUUUAGAAGAAGUGAAGAAACAACGGGAACGAUAUGGGCCAAACGAACUACCAGCGGAGGAGGGUAAAUCACUUUGGGCACUAGUGAUUGAACAGUUCGAAGAUUUGCUUGUGAGGAUCCUUUUACUUGCUGCCUGCAUAUCGUUUGUCCUGGCCUGGUUUGAAGAGGGAGAAGAAACUGUUACAGCCUUUGUGGAACCUUUUGUUAUCCUCCUUAUUCUCAUCGCAAAUGCCAUUGUAGGAGUUUGGCAGGAACGAAAUGCAGAAAAUGCCAUCGAAGCCCUUAAGGAGUAUGAGCCAGAGAUGGGGAAGGUGUACCGCCAGGAUAGGAAGAGUGUCCAGAGAAUCAAGGCAAGGGACAUUGUGCCUGGGGACAUUGUGGAGGUGGCAGUCGGCGAUAAAGUGCCUGCAGACAUCAGGCUCACUUCUAUCAAGUCAACCACACUGAGGGUAGACCAGUCGAUUCUUACAGGAGAGUCUGUGUCUGUGAUCAAACACACAGACCCAGUGCCUGACCCGCGUGCUGUCAACCAGGACAAGAAGAACAUGCUGUUUUCAGGUACCAACAUUGCAGCUGGUAAGGCUGUCGGUGUGGUGGUUGCCACAGCUGGCAACACGGAGAUUGGCAAAAUCCGAGAUGAGAUGGCUACAACGGAGCAGGAGCGUACACCCCUGCAGCAGAAGCUUGAUGAGUUUGGGCAGCAACUCUCCAAGGUUAUUUCACUGAUCUGCAUUGCUGUGUGGAUCAUCAAUAUUGGACAUUUCAACGACCCGGUUCAUGGAGGUUCCUGGAUCCGAGGUGCUGUCUAUUACUUCAAGAUUGCUGUGGCUCUUGCAGUAGCUGCAAUUCCUGAGGGGCUGCCGGCUGUCAUCACUACCUGCUUGGCUUUAGGAACACGGCGUAUGGCCAAGAAGAAUGCUAUUGUCCGCAGUUUGCCCUCUGUAGAGACCCUUGGCUGUACAUCUGUCAUCUGUUCCGACAAGACUGGCACACUGACGACCAAUCAGAUGUCUGUGUGCAGGAUGUUUAUCAUUGAUCGGGCAGAGGGCGAUCACUGUUCAUUAAAGGAAUUCACCGUUAGCGGCUCCACAUAUGCCCCAGAUGGACAAGUAUUCCAUGAUGGAAAAACAGUCAAAUGUUCCCAGUAUGAUGCGUUGGUGGAGCUGGCCUCUAUCUGUGCUCUCUGUAAUGAUUCCUCGCUGGACUUCAAUGAGGCCAAAGGUGUGUACGAGAAGGUGGGUGAGGCCACAGAGACGGCUCUCACAUGCCUGGUGGAGAAGAUGAACGUGUUUGAUACAGACGUGAAAGGCCUCUCCAGGGUUGAGCGAGCCAACGCCUGCAAUUCUGUGAUCAAGCAGCUGAUGAAGAAAGAGUUUACCUUGGAAUUUUCCAGAGACAGGAAGUCUAUGUCUGUGUACUGUACUCCUAACAAAGCACGCUCCUCAGUUGGCAAGAUGUUUGUGAAGGGUGCUCCUGAGGGAGUGAUUGACAGGUGCACGCAUGUUCGUGUAGGCAGUAACAAGGUACCCAUGACCCCUGGAAUCAAGGAAAAGCUAAUGUCUGUGAUCAGAGAGUAUGGAACGGGCAGGGACACCCUGCGCUGUCUGGCUCUGGCCACACGAGAUAAUCCCCUGAACAAACAUGAGCUGAUGUUAGAUGACUCCUCUCGAUUUAUCGAGUAUGAGACUGAUCUGACAUUUGUGGGUUGCGUGGGCAUGCUGGAUCCUCCCAGGGCAGAGGUGGCAGCCUCUGUUAGGCUCUGUCGUCUCGCUGGCAUCCGAGUAAUUAUGAUUACCGGAGACAACAAGGGGACGGCUGUGGCUAUUUGCAGGCGCAUUGGUAUUUUUGGAGAAGAUGAUGACGUUUCCAGCAUGGCUUUCACUGGCCGAGAGUUUGAUGAUCUGUCACCUGCGCAGCAGAGAGAGGCUGUGGUCAAGGCUCGCUGCUUUGCACGGGUUGAGCCUUCACAUAAAUCCAAGAUUGUUGAGUAUCUGCAGUCCUAUGAUGAAAUCACAGCUAUGACUGGUGAUGGUGUAAAUGACGCCCCUGCUCUGAAGAAGGCCGAGAUUGGCAUUGCCAUGGGCUCAGGUACAGCUGUGGCCAAGACCGCCUCUGAGAUGGUGCUGGCUGAUGACAACUUUUCCACCAUCGUUGCUGCAGUUGAGGAAGGAAGAGCCAUUUAUAACAACAUGAAGCAGUUUAUCAGAUACCUCAUCUCCUCAAAUGUGGGCGAAGUUGUCUGCAUCUUUCUGACUGCAGCUCUGGGCUUCCCUGAAGCUCUCAUUCCCGUCCAACUGCUCUGGGUCAACCUGGUGACUGAUGGUUUGCCUGCCACCGCUCUAGGCUUCAACCCACCAGACUUGGACAUCAUGAAUAAGCCUCCACGCAAUGCUCGUGAGCCGCUCAUCUCUGGAUGGCUUUUCUUCAGAUACCUAGCUAUUGGAUGUUAUGUUGGUGCUGCCACUGUUGGUGCUGCUGCCUGGUGGUUUGUUGCAGCUGAGGAUGGACCAAGGAUCACCUUUUACCAGCUGAGCCAUUUUCUGCAGUGUGGUCCAGAAAAUCCAGACUACCAGGGCAUGGACUGCAAAGUGUUUGAGUCUCCUUACCCGAUGACCAUGGCCCUGUCUGUACUGGUCACGAUUGAGAUGUGCAAUGCCCUUAAUAGCGUGUCAGAGAACCAGUCCCUGCUGCGGAUGCCGCCAUGGGAGAAUGUGUGGCUGCUGGGAGCCAUCUGCCUCUCCAUGUCCCUUCACUUCCUCAUCCUCUAUGUGGAACCUCUGCCAAUCAUUUUCCAGAUCACACCCCUGAAUCUGACCCAGUGGCUUAUGGUGCUCAAGAUCUCGCUCCCUGUCAUUCUACUGGACGAACUGCUCAAGUUUGCUGCCAGGAACUACCUGGAGCCCGGUAAAGACCUGGAGAAGCCUGCCAACUCCAAAGGCUGCUCCCUGUCUGCAUGUAUGGAGGGAAUCUCGUGGCCCUUUGUGGCCAUUUCCCUCCCGUUGGUCCUCUGGAUCUACAGCUGCGACACUAACAUGGCCGACAUGUUCUGGUCCUGACUGACUUGAGCACAACCUCGACUUUUCCAUUCCCCACCCACUGCCAUCACUUCCCUCUUUCCCUCUCCUCUUCUCUCUCUGCCUUCUGUAAUGUGCGUAGCUAGUGCGUGUGUGUGUGUGUGCAUUUGUAGAGUUAGUGUGUGUGCCUCUGCGUGCCACCACGUGCAUAAGAGAAAGGACCAACUUUGACACAUAACAAAUAAUAUAAAAUGUUAACACUGAGAAGACGUCUGUUUUGAGGUGGUAUAGGAAUAAUGAAUGGGUGAGGCUUUAAAUGUGAGUGUUAGAAGACCAUCACUCCCAUAGCUGUGGACUUUUUUGUUGCUGGUGUGAAAGAAAAUGUACCGUUGCCAGUUAUUAUUUUUGUUCAUGUCAAUAUUGCCUUUAUGGUUCAUAUUUUAAUGAUGGUGGGAAUAACAUGUCCUGUGUCACUACAAUAUAAACAGCAAAAUUCGGUCUUUUUUGUUUUUUGUUUCCCUCUUGAUGAAAAGGAAAAUUAGGAUAUCAGAAAUAAUUUGAUCUGUACAGAGACUGAACACUAUUUUAUGCAACUUUUUUUAUGGCUUUGUAAAUUGUUUGACCAGCGUGGCUUAGACAUACCGCCUUGAUUUAUUUUCUGAUGUUUACCAUUGUGUCUUCAGUAUAAACUCAGAACUCUUUCAGAGAGGACGAGCUCCAUGUGGCAGACAAGGACGGGGGGGAAGGUUUGGGAGUGAAACAUUUGAAUGCUUAGCUAACAACAAAAAAAAGACAACAAAAGAAAACCUUUGAUAAACAAAAGCCGCAUGUCCUGUGACCAAGCAUGAACUGUAUGUGUGUCUCAUUCUAAUUUGUAUAUGGUCCCCCAUGUUAGAGCGAAAAUUAACUUCAUAGAUGUUUUUUGUUUUUUUUUUAACUAUAAUGAUCGAAAAUAAGUAAGUUUUUCUGCACUGGGCAGAGCACAGCUACCUCAAUAUAAGAUUUUUCUUUUGCUCAUCUUGAGAUACUUUUCCUCAACAGUCUUGCUAAAGCGUAACAUCUGAGGUGUGCCCCUAUUUGCUUGUGCAGAAAACAACGAACAAAAUCACUCGUCCCUCUAACAUUUUAAAGAAUAUAUUUUGUGUUGAUUUGUGACAUUAACUUUAUUUGUGUGUGUGUUCUGAGACAGAACUGGGUGGGGAUGUUGUAAGGUGACUACCAUCUCCAUGGCGUUUGAUUCAAAGGAUCAUAAUAUUAAAAUUUUAAGGAAGAAUACUAAUACAGCAGCUGCUCCAAUGAAUGGACUUUGGAUUACAAAUUUAAAAAACGCCCAAAUGUUGUCAUUUUUGUUUUUUUUACUUUAAGAAAAAUACACUCAUGAACCCUUUGAA